AGUUGGAAAGGCUCAAGUCAGAUACUACUUCCUUUUUUGCUUGUUUUUAACUGAGUGCUGCCAGAAGAAAGAAGGGGUUAAAGCGUGGGAGGAUUGCAAAGAAAAAGGGUUUGGUUAAUGACACACAGGACUGCAUCUCACACACCAUAGUUUGUUUAUUCUUCUGUAAACAGCAAAAAGAAUUAUCAUCAUCAUGUCCACCUCACAAUUUCCAGAUUCUUCCAGAGAAGAGAAUAAAAAGAAACCAGUUUUGGAAAGACUUGGAAAUUUGUUUGGUACGGGGAGAAGGAAAAAUGUCAAAAGUUCACUAGAACAUACUUCACAUCGGAAAGGGGAGAGGUCAGUUUCUCCUCACAGAGCGCAGCCGAUAUACUGUAGGCACAUAAAGGAAGGACACGAAGCUCCUCAAGUACAGAAGCAAGUGAGAAACGUAAGUGAUGUUUCUGAGACGCAGGAAUAUAAUUUCAGUGGGGAAGUAGGACCGCUGUAUCGUGAUACCAUUUCAGAAUGGAGUAGUAGGGGAGUCUCUUCUGACAGUGAGUGGUCAGCAGAUUGGAGCAGCAGCAGUGAAACCAUUAAAAACUCUUUCUUUGAGAGUAGUCUGAAUGUGGAAACCCUGGAACUGGAGAAAGAAUCCAUCACAGAUAUAAAUAAUUCCACAACUCCAGAUUUCAUAAAAAGCUUGAGAAAUUUGUCUAGUGAAGACUUAGAAAAGAGUAUCUUAAGCCACAAGCAGCUCGUGAACACGUGGGUGUCUGAGGAGCCCGGGCAUGCAAAAUCAAAGGAUUUGCCAUACGAGUUGGAAUCUGCAGCAAGUGAACACACACAUUCUGCUAGAGUGUUAACAGUUGAUAUCUAUCUAAGAAAAACAGACGAACUCCUUAAUGAACCUGUGACUGUUACAUCAGAAGAAAAUUGUAGUGACUCGGACACAAUGGAUAAAAAAUCUGCUAAUAAAAGAUCUGGAAAAAGGAGAAAAUCUCAGUCAUCUAGUGACAUUCCAAAUGGAGAGAGAAACCAGACUGAGACUACUGCAAGAGAAGAAUCUGUUUUUGAGGAUGAUGUCCCUUCUGAGGUGUUUUCAGACAAGGUAAUAAACUCGGAAAGAAAAGCGAAGUCUCCUCAACAGACUCCUGAAAGGAAUUCGUCUUCCCCAGGUAAUAAUCAGGACCUAAAAGUUGGAUCUGCUCACAAAGGGGCAUCUAAAACUGAAGCUGACAAAGGCAAGCAGCAGAUCUCAAACACAACCCCUGCAAGGAGAAGAUCAUAUAAAAAGAGUCAGUCAGAUGCUGUCCCCGUUUCCCCUACUGGUUUGAAGGGUCAGGUAAAAGAUUAUUCCUCAAAAAGGCAACCUUUAGCAUCACCAGAGAGUAACUCAGUGACAAAAAGAACUUCAGUGGAAAAGGGAACUAUACCUGUGGCUUUUGGGGAAGACAGCUUGGAGUCUCCCAAAGUUUCUUUGGGCGAUAAGACAGAAGACACUGCCUUGGUGUUUGCUGAAAGCAGAAAUGAGACCAAGGCAGUAAAGCAUGGUAAUGGUUCGGAUGGAAGAGCUUUCUUGCGUACUGAUGGGAUUAAAAAUGGAGACCUGUGUAUGUCAGCUGAGAGACAGACAAAUUCUGAUUUAGACAGCUUGAAGCUGAAGAGUUUGGAUGCUUCCAGAACAGUCAUGACAAAGAUUAGCCUUCCAGCCAAACCGAAGAAUGUAGAGCUGAAUUUUAAAGCACCUACAAAUCAAGACAGUUUAGAAAGUGAGCAGGAUACUCUUGAAAAACCAGUUAAUAAAACUAACAGCAACAUCGCCAACAAAAUUUCCUUGUUUGAAAAUAAAUGCGCUAACCAGAGCCAGAGGCCUGCUGACAUCCCUGCUUCAAAAAAUAGCACUGUACCAAGCACAUUUGUUGGCAGAGCAAAGCUGAAAUUUGGAAAACAACCUAAGGAAAGUGAACAGCCUGAUAAAACGUUAAAUAAGCAAAGCAGUCGCCAGAAGUUAUUUGAGAAUGGCACACCAGAGAAAGAAAGCACUGCAGAAUUAAAAGGCAAAAAUGAAGAAGGCUCUGCCUUUUAUGAGGAUAUUGGGAAGACAACAGAACUUAAAGUAAAAGCUGCGAUAUCCCUUUUUAACCAAAGCAGCAAAAUUGAUGCUGGUGGUGUCUCUCUGAAGCAACCCGAUCCAGAAUUAACCACAGCUAAAAAAGAAAGUUCACCUUUUAAACUGUCUUUGCACUUGCCCAGUAAAAGUGAAAAUGCUCAAGAUACUUCCUACCAAAGAAAUAACACAAGCUCAGAAUUCCACAGAAAUGAGGAAAAGACGCUGCCAAACACAGAGGUUUUAUCACCUUGCAAUGAUGAAAAACAUCCUCUACCAUCUCAUCAGGUUUCUAGAUCAGAAUUUAAGAAGAUGGAAAAUGGAGAUAAAAAGGCAAAGCCCGGAGAUUUGAGCUUUGCAGCACUGCAGUAUGAUGAUAGCAGUCAAGAUAGUAUAUUGAUACCAGAGCACAACGUCAAUACACAAGAGAGCCCAGGCAAAACCUGUAAUGGAUCUGCUGAAGAUGAUAGCAUUUUUGAUUCCCCAUCCGACAUGAAGAAGUUUGCUGAAACAAUAAAAAACUUGGACAGCUCAGUUUGUUUACCCCAGAAAAAGAAGAGGUCAAAACUUCCCAAGUCCCCAGCACCCCACUUCGCAAUGCCUCCCAUUCAUGAAGACAAUUUAGAGAAAGUAUUUGAUCCUAGUGUAUUUACUUUUGGUUUGGGACUGAGGAGGGAAAAAACACAGGAUCUGUUACCAGCCCAACAAAUUAAAAUGCAAAGCCUGGAAACGAUAGCCAGGGUCAGGCCCAAGCGUGCAUCAACAGAGCAAAGUAUCAUAUUCAAAGCGCUGCAAUCAUGUAAUAGAGAGGAACCUGCCUUUAAUCAGGAAAUAAAUGGAAAAGAGAACAUUGAUGGUACGGAUGGUGAAAUUAAGAGAUCCCGGCUUGAAAAAAGCUCCCUCUUCUCAAGCUUGCUGUCUUCUGCAUCUAAAGAAAAGUUUUUUAAUCCUUCUGUCACCUCAGUAAAUAACACCACAACAGCUUUUACAACUGACUCCUCAGGGAUGCCUCCUUUACAACAGGAUGCUUCUGGGCCAUUUGGCAUGUCUCAAAAAUCUGAGUCUCUUUCAGAUAUGAAGUUUCCAAGUUUUGUGGAGAAGUACAUGCAAGCAGAUAGUGCAAAAAAAGAACUAAGUUUACAAAUGCCCAACUAUGGGAACCCUGAGAAAAGUUUUUCCAGCUGGUUAGGGCCAAGCAGAUAUGAAUCAAAUGUUCCUGCUGGUUUAUUAGAUGUGGAUGCACUUUCAAGAAAUGGGCAAAGUAAAAUCAAUCCCAGACCUGGCAAGCUGGUGAUAUACUGUGAAUCAGACUAUCAAAAAAACGGUAUUGAAGUUUUCCAUGAUGUUCUGGAUUGCAGUUCUUGGGUUCUGUCACCAACAAUUUUAAUUAAAGUCAUCAGAGGAUGCUGGAUACUCUAUGAGAAACCAAAUUUUGAAGGUCCCUCUAUUCCUCUGGAAGAAGGAGAGCUGGAACUCCCAGAUAUUUGGGGUGCAGGUACUUCUGAAGAGCAAAAUGAAUGCAAAUCUCUAAAGCCUGCGGUGAUUGGUUCAAUAAGACAUGUUGUUAAGGAUUACAGGGUUUGCCAAAUUGAUUUGUAUACAGAACCUGAAGGGUUAGGAAUCGUGACUUCCUUUUUUGACGACACUGAAGAAACAGGGGUGUUUGGCACCACUCAGAAGACUUGUUCUGUCAAAGUACACUGGGGCACAUGGCUAAUUUAUGAAGAACCUGGUUUCCAGGGAGUCCCUUUAAUGUUGGAGCCUGGUGAAUAUCCUAAUUUAGCAUUCUGGGAGAAGAAGGAAGCCUACAUUAGGUCCAUGAGGCCCUUGAAAAUGGGUGGUCGCAAAGUUGAAUUCAGUGGAGAGCCAAAGGUAAUCAUUUAUGAGAAGCCUUUCUUUGAAGGGAGACAUGUGGAAAUAGAAUCAGAGGUCUUUAUGCUUGAUGACAAGGAAUCAGAAGAAAAGACAAGACUUCCACUUACAUCAGUGGGAUCCAUGAAAGUACUGGGAGGAGUUUGGGUUGCUUAUGAGAAGCCUGGGUUUGAAGGCCAUCAAUACUUGCUGGAAGAAGGAGCGUAUCGGGAUUGGACAGACUGGGGUGGCUAUGAUGAAGAGUUGCAGUCGCUGCGACCGAUUGUUGGUGACUUCACAAGCUCCCAUAUGAUAAUGUACAGUGAAAAAGACUUUGGAUCAAAGGGUUCCAAUAUUAAUGUGUUAGGAAUUAUUUCCAAUUUGAAAGACACUGGAUACGGGCUGAGGACACAGUCUAUAAAUGUGCUAAGUGGCGUGUGGGUGGCUUAUGAGAAUCCUGAGUUUACGGGGGAGCAGUAUAUACUGGCUAAAGGGCUAUAUCCCAGCAUUGAGGCAUGGGGGGGAAAGAAUUGCAAAAUAUCUUCAGUUCAACCCAUCGUUAUGGAUAUUGUUGGAAGCGAAAGGGGUAAAGUCAAGGUCCAGUUAUUUUCAGAGCCUGAAUUCAAGGGUAACUGCCAAAUAUUUGAAAAAAACACAAGAUGUAUUGAUUCAUUUGCUGUGAAGUCCUCAAAAAUUUUAGAUGGCAGCUGCAUAGUGUAUGACCAGGAGGAAUUCUCCGGUAACCAGUACGUGUUAGAAGAAGGAAUCUAUCCUGACCUGAUGGCAAUGGGUUGUUCACCCCAAGUAGUUCUGAAAUCUUUACGGAUUAUAAAUAUUGAGCUGUCUGAGCCGUGCAUAGCUCUUUUUGAAAAGGUGGGUUUCCAAGGAAAGAAAAUGGAAUUCAGUACAGAAAUCUUAAAUCUCCAGUUCCUGGGAUACAAUCCUCAAAUAGCUUCAGUUCAAAUACUUGGUGGCAUAUGGAUAAUUUAUGAGCAUAGUAAUUACAGGGGGCGUCAGAUGUUAUUAUCACCGAAUGAAAUUCCAGAUUGGUAUAAAGUGAGUGGCUAUUGUCAGAUAGGUUCUCUGAGACCUUUACUGCAGAAACGUGUGUACUUCAGGCUUCGAAACAAGGAAACGGGAAAAUUCAUGUCAGCUGAUGGAAACUUAGACAAUCUGAAUCUUCUCAGAAUACAGGUUGCAGAAGAUACAGACUCAGAUGAUCAAAUCUGGGUUUAUCAGGAUGGAUUCAUAAGAUGCUGGAUGGCAGAGGAUUGCUGCUUGACAAUUGUUGGAAAUCUUAUAACUCCUGGCUCUAAACUUGGUCUGUCAUUUGAGCGGAAUGAGGACAAACAAUAUUGGCGUAUUAGUCCUGAUGGCAGGAUUUAUAGCAAGAUGAAACCCAAGCUGGUUUUAGAUAUCAAAGGGGGUGCACAAUAUGAUCGUGACCAUGUUGUUGUCAACACAGUCAACGAAGAAAAGCUAACGCAGUGUUGGGAACCACUAGUUGUAUAAAGCCAAACAAGCAAACAUGACGUUUGAAUUAGCCACUAUUCCUGACACUAGAAUUGGUACUGCCAUCUCUGAAGGAUACAGGAUCAACAAUGACAGCUUUGUCUUUUCUUUGCAAUUUUAAAAAGAACAAGCAACAGAAUGAUUUUACCUCUCUAUCUAAGAUUAUUAUCCCUACAAAAGCUUGAGUAUCUCUCAACCUUUUUUUUUUUUUUUUUUUUUUUUUUUUAAAUCAUCACAACCUAAUGUGAUAUAGAGAGUGGUAGUAUACCUUGGGCUAGAGUGGAAGAACUAAAGGUGAGAGAGACCCCAUGGAGCUGCUGCUGUGUCAGUGAAUAGUUAAUCCAGAAUAAUCAAUAAGCGUAACUUAAAAUUAUUUUUAAAAUGUUUUUUUUAACUGAGAGAAGGGCUAAAAAAAUAACUAAAGCUUAUUUUAUAAAGGACAGGAGUGUAGUAUGUAUGUGAGUAUAGCAACUUGGACCUAUGGGCUGUAGUAUAGAGAAAUAUUCACUACUGGAAAUUAAUAUAUUUGUUUCACUGGAACAAACUUAUGUUUACUGAAAGUUUAAAGACUGCUAGCACACAGCAUAUCCAAAGAGUUUUUUAACAUGUGGCUUCAAAUAUAGUUAGUAUGCUAAUACAGUAAGUCCUAAAUUAAGAAAAAAUUGUAGAUUUUUCUCAUGUAGAGACGAUGUAAAUUAGUAGAAGUUUGUUAGAAAAAGAGGGCUGGCAACAGGAUGCAUCGGAAUGUGAAGAACUUGCCCAUUUUCUAGGCUGCCUAACUUUGUGACUUAUGGGUAUUUUACUUAUUUGCCAAGUCAGAUUUUUACAUUAUAAAACCGUUCCAGUAAGUAUAGUCUUCCUGAACUCCAAAAUCACGUAGGAAAAAGAAUUCUUAGGGAAAGCAUCACUAAAGAUGACUGCAACAGCACCUAAGCAUUGUGGUUACUUAGUUUUUCAGCCACUCCCUGUUGGGCUUACCAUGGAGAAUGCCAGACUCCCAAGUAUUUCUGGUGAUGUUGGAGAGCAACGUCCACAGUAGGCUGCUGGCUCUCGGUUGCUGCUGGGCAGAAGCAUCAUGCUGCUCUAGUAAGGGGCGUAGCCAAGCCUGGAUAUGUGCCCAGUCACAAGGGCUGUGCCCAUUCAAAGUAAGUGUUACUGGUCUAGUGAAGAGCUCGUGACAAGUAAGACAUACUAAUGACUGCAGGAGGUUCUUCUGUUGCCCUGCUCUUAACCUGGUUUUGUUAGUUUUCCUUAAUAACGUUGGCAAAAAGGUAAAAUACAAACAAAGUCUUGUACUAUGCUGCUGUGUUUUGUUCUGGCUUAGACCAGUGUUAUUACAAGCUGCUCCUAGGAGCAUCCAGGCCUUUGUCUUGCAUAGUAAGUCUGUUUAAAAUUAACAUUUUCAUUACUAUUAUAUUGCCUCAAAGGAUACUGGUGCUUUUAUUGUUACCACCCUAGAGGAAGUGCCUUACUAAUUUUCCUCCUUUUGUACAGACAUACUGAAGUUUUGUUGCUCUGAAAUGUGCUGCUUAUAGUUCUUCAUAGAAAAUGUGUUGUUAUUGGUUCCAAACAGUGGUACUUUGUCAUAGUCAUGUGCUCUUGCUAUAUAUAAUAUAGCAUUUUACAAAUAAAUUUGUUAGGUAACUUUUUAUUGAAAUUAUUUUUAAAGGUAGAAAGCUGACGUUUUAUGGUUAGUUUUGCCUUUUGUCUUGUGCCCUUCUCUGUCCAUAAUUCCUCUGCAACAGCUAGCUAAUGAGGAAUGAAUACGUGAUGUGGAAUAGCUGCAGGCUCUGAGGAAUGGAUGCUUCUCCUGUACAAGCAUGUUUUCAGUGCAUUUGUACAUGCGGCCACAGUUCACAAGGCUGCUGCUUCUGUCCCCUGGUGGAAGAACUGCAUGACUUGGUUUUUCCAUCACUGUAGCUGCACCACAGUAAAUGUGCAGCUCUCAAUUAAGAGGUUACCACUUUCCUUCAAUCCACCUGUGUAAUUGCAGGGGAAGUCACACCAUAGCCCAUCUCCAGCAAAAUGGUAAGUUUAAAAACAGACUAACAGACACAUAGCCCCUCAAGCACUUCAUCCCCACUAGCAGUGACAGGGGGCAUGGCACGAACAUGGUCUCUUGAUUACUGACAAAAACUGUGUCUAGCCUACCUGCAUAAACACUGUAGUCAGCUGAAUCUGUGCCAGGAGUUAGGCAAUUAGCAUAAUUAUUAGUUACAGAUUGAUUUUGUUCCAUGCUUCUACUUGGAUUAGUUAUGCUAUGAGAGAUUUGCCAUAUCAAGAUUAAAGUACCAGUCUUGAGACAGCAAUGUGACCACUUAAUACAGGAAAAGUUUACAGGUUCUGAGAACGAACUAGAUUGAGUAAUAACAUAUAUUAAUAUAAGGUGAACAGAACUAGGAAAGGCCAAGGAAAAGAGGACAGCACAAGUUUCAUAUGGACAAUUAGAUAAAAGUGUGCCUCACCAUUUCAGGACUUGGCUAAAACAUCUGGAAAAUAAAAGCUCCAAGAUCUACAAACUGAAAAUGCUGCCAGCUGUUCCUCUUAUCCUGAGAGUGAAAGGGUGUUCUGCGAAAGUCACAACUACAUUCUUAACAUGGUUUUCAUGUAGAAAUACCUAAGGGGCAUUAGUAUUUCUUGUCUGCAUAUUAACAGUUAUUAACAGGCAGAGUAUGAAGGAAUCAAAGAGGCUUUUCUAAAACAAGACUUUAUUUUUUUAAAUUAUGCAUCCUGUGUGAGCUUU